AUGAAUCAAAUGAGAGAUUUUUCUGAAAAAUGGAUCACUGAUGUAUUACCAAUGGCUAUGGAAGUUCUUGUAGAGAAUGGUGAAUAUGCAGCCAACUGUGUGGUGAGGUUUAAUGGUGAUAUGAGUUUUGAGAUUGGUGAUCCACCUUAUACACAUGUUGUUAAUGUGAAGAGGAAGCAAUGUAGUUGUAGGUCAUGGCAACUAAGGGAAAUUCCUUGUGCAUAUACAAUUGCUGCAAUGCAUUACAAAGGAUGGAAUGUGGAGUCAUUUGUUGAUCACUGGUAUCAAAGGGAAACAUACCUGAAGGCAUAUGAUAAGUAUAUUCAACCAAUAACAAAUAUUAACAUGUGGCCAAGAAGCACAAGACCACCAAUUGAGCCACCUGAGAUUACUUCCAUGCCAGGUAAAAAUAGAAAGAAAGCUAAGGAUGAAACUGUUAAGAAGAAGUUUGGAAAGGCUACAAGAAUGGGAAGAAAAAUGAUAUAUUCUGUGUGCAAGUGUAUUGGACACAACAAGAAAGGAUGUCCAACUUUGAAAAAAGAUUUCAGUAGUAGUUGUGGCAGUCAACCAAGUGUGCAAGCCAGCACUAGUACUGCAGCUGCUGUUGCUGUGAGAGAUGCAAAUGCUUCAACAACUACUGAAUAG